ACCAAUUUGUAUAUUGCAGCUAUGAAUGGUUCUGGUGAGAAUUUUUGUCAUGCGGCGUCACUGGGCCUAAGUCAUACAAUAAUUAUACAGACAGUGGUAUUUCUGACAAACACUUUAAAUAUCAUCGGUUCUAUCGCGGCCAUAUUGCAAAACUCCAUAAUUAUCUGGACGGUACGCAAACACUUGGAGCUCCAUCAACCAUCAUUCGUACUGCUCGCCUGCCUAGCCUUUGCUGAUUUGCUAUCAGGAAGUACAUCGCAGCCGAGUUGGGUGGCUUAUAGAUUGGCGGAGUACUACCAAAUGUGGCGAGUUGCCUGCUGUUCAUAUACAAUUUUCAAAUUAUCAAAUUUAUGGCACUACGUAUCUUUUCUUACAUUGACCAUUAUUACCAUUGAUCGGUUUCUUGCUUUGCAUUAUCAUCUUCGUUACAUGGAAAUGGUGACAAUACCACGAGUACUGGUAGCUUAUGGUAUGAUAUGGAUCACUUCCAUAGCUUUACUUGUUCCAACAUUCACAAAUGACUACGCAUUGACUGCAAUCGUCCUCUUGACCGCAUCGUUCCUUUGUUUUAUAAUAAUUCUAAUGUGCUAUUACCAAAUAUAUAAAAUCACACGAAGGCAUCACCGACAAAUUAGAAACCAGGACAGCACGCACAGCAUGGCGCAUCACAAAAGCCGUAUGAUAAAGAUCAAAAAGUCUUCGACCACGUACUUGCUGGUAACCAUGGUACUCUUCGUCAGCGUGUUUCCUGUAAUUGCGUAUUUUGUGAGCUACAUAGUGAUUGGCUACAAAGGGUUUGUUGUGUGGUUUCUUGAUGUUUCAGUCGCUUUGUGGCUGCUUACAACUGCUAUCAAUCCCAUGGUAUAUUUUUGGCGUAUGACCGAACUCAGAAGAGCCGUUAAGAUGGAAAUGAAGAGAAGUCUUCGAAGAAAUAAUAAUAUAAUUGACCCAGGAAAUCAUCGCUCAUCACGACAAUCGAGUCAUCAAAGUAAAACAAGGAAAGAAACUUGGAAUGAUAAGUCAACUCAGAAAAAUCACCCAUCGUAAGCGGGUAACCAUAACACGGAAUCCACACGCUAUUUUUCAGUUUCCAUGGAUUUCAGAUUCCAUCAUAUCCAAAUACAGUUUUAACUGACUUUUAUUUAAAUAGUGCAUGGGGUUUAGAACAAAACAUUAUUUCAUUGCCGCAAUCUAAGAUCUCUUUCACCCCGACUUGCUCUCCGAGACAGUUCUUAUAGGUCUACUGGUAGAUCAUUGGCAGUACAAAUCUGAGGGUCGCGAGUUCGAAUCCCAGCUACAUGUAGGUCGGAAAUUAAUUUUUCACUAUAACUUACACUAUAACUUUCUAUUAUUUCCAUUUUCUGUUUCGUGUAUUGAAAAUAGCUUCUAUGCGAUCUGCGACACUACACGUGUCAGUGUAGUUUUCACAACAUCUGCAUCGACAACUGUAUGUCUCUUAACACUCGAGUGCUGGCAGAGCAACGGAAAAUAUUCAAUACCGACGGACUCAUGUGACCAUUUUGAACGAUCGUUUUGAUCAUGUAGUAUUGAAAUUUGAGAAUAGAUCAUACAAGUCAGGUCAUCCUCUGGAAGCCAUGCAUAAUCUUGUCGGAGAUUAGAUAGGAACAAACAACAGAAGCUAUACGCCUGGGUUCCCAAGGACGAAGUCAAGAUUUUCACAAUGAUUUACCUUUAAAGUCCCCUGUGCAUCCAAGAACCUUUUCGUUAUUUUCUCUUAUAUGAAAAUUUGCCAUCUUUGACCAGUAAGAAAGCAACUUCCAACGAGAGAUCAUUAUUUUGUAAAAUAAAAGAAACGAUUGCAAUGGUUCUUGAAUGGGUCCAUUUCACAUUGAAUGCUUUUUAGUCAGACGAUAUCGUCUGCAUUUUAGUAGUAAGGCCAGGCUACAGUGGCAUACAGAUUAUGCACAUGGGAAAGGUAUCUUUCUC